CCAAAAGUGGCUAAAAAGUCUAAAAACAAUGUCCACCGAAGUCCAAGUAUCCCCAAUAGCAGAGGCAAACCAGAAAGGAGAAGUGGAAAAAUGAGAUCGGUAGCUACACUCUCAUCUCUUCACGUCCAUCACCUUGUCUUCUCAAAACAUUCCGUCUCUCUUUUCAAACCCCUCCGCACACUCCCUCGCAUCUCUUGCUCUUCCUCUCUACAAUUCAACAUCUCCUUCGCCCCUCCAAAACCCAAACCUAAUCCUCCACCCCAAUUGGACGUCCCCAACCACCAACACCACGACAACGAUGACAGCUUUGUAGCUGACGCUUGUUCUGGCACUGGUCAGCUUUUCAUUCCCUGGAUUGUCCGCGGUGAGGAUGGCAAUCUCAAGCUCCAGGCCCAUCCGCCUGCGCGUCUUGUCCAUGCUCUUGCCGAUGCUAAAACGCAGAAUGCCAAGAAGAAGAAGAAGCAAAGCAAGGAGAAGCAGAAGAAGGAGAGCGGCGUGGUGACCAGUGCAGCAGAAGACCGGAAUCUGUCCAAGGCUGCCCGGAGGUUUUAUAAUGAGAACUUCAGGGAGCCACCGCAGCGUCUCAGUAAGGUUCUCGCUGCUGCUGGAGUGGCAUCAAGAAGGAACAGCGAAGAGCUAAUUUUUGAAGGCAAAGUGACUGUUAAUGGUUCUGUGUGCAACACUCCUCAGACUCGGGUUGAUCGUGCAAGGGAUGUCAUUUAUGUCAAUGGAAAUCGCCUUCCUAAGAAACUGCCCCCAAAGCUGUAUCUUGCCCUUAACAAGCCAAAAGGGUACAUCUGUUCGUCUGGGGAUAGAGAAUCUAAGUCUGUCAUGAGCCUAUUUGAUGAUUAUUUGAAGAGUUGGGAUAGGAGAAAUCAAGGACUGCCUAAACCUCGACUAUUUACUGUUGGCCGCCUUGAUGUUGCCACAGGUGGAUUGAUUAUCGUGACCAAUGAUGGAGAUUUUGCUCAAGCACUUGCACAUCCUUCAUUCAAAUUAUCGAAGGAAUACAUUGCAACCGUAGAAGGUGUAGUAAACAAGCAGCAUUUAGUAGCCAUCAGCAAAGGAACUAUCAUUGCAGGUGUCCAUUGCACUCCAGAUUCUGUGGAGCUGCUACCACGGCAGCCAGAUAUAUCAAGACCUCGUCUCCGUAUAGUGGUUCAUGAAGGGAGAAAUCAUGAAGUUCGAGAACUUGUGAAGAAUGCUGGAUUGGAGGUGCAUUCAUUAAAGCGUGUACGAAUUGGUGGUUAUAGACUUCCAUCAGAUCUUGGGAUUGGGAAGCAUGUUGAGCUAAAACGUACUGAUCUCAAGGCAAUGGGUUGGAAGGGUUGAAAGUAGCUGCUGCUUAACUGCUUAGAAUAUAUGCACUCUCCCUGACAGCAAGAUUAAUGAGAUGAAACACAGCUUCCAGGUUUUACGGUGGAGAAUUGUUGCAUGCUCUCUGUUGCAUUGCUGGUUCAAAUCAUGGAUUUAUGAACUGAACUGCUUUCCAAUUAUAGGGUUGAGGAUUGUCACUUCCAGUGGUAGCAGGCAAGCUACAUCUACAGAGGUUGAGAAGCUUUGACACUAUGGUGAUGUAAAUCCAUUCAUUAAAACUGGAAUUUUAUAUGUACAAUGGAAAUGUAGAGUAGACCUUUUUAGCAAUCAACUCAAAAUGUUAGCUGCUUAUAAAAGUUGAGAAUUGUAGAAUGACUGGAUGCUGUGGUUACAAUACUUAUCAUUGAGAUGAUGCAGAAUGGAAAUCAAUGGCCCAUCCAUGUGCAAGGGAUUUCCAUAUCUUGGGGUCAUAGAUCCACUAGUUA